UGGGAGAGGAGAGGGUACCCGGCUGGCUCCGCUGGCGGCCUCUGCCCGGAUCUCAGUGCCGCAGCCCUGCGCCUCUCCCGCCCUUGUCUCGGGCUCCGCGGCCCCAAGCACGGCGGCGGCGAGCUGUGAGCCACCGUAUCUGGAGUAGAGCAGAAAAAUUAUUAUGCCUGUGUUCCCUUGGGACUCAUUGGAAAUUGUACAGUGACAUCUUCUGGGAUUUAGUCUGGACUGAGCAGACUGGUGGCUAAAAUGGAAGUGGAUGUUAAUGGAGAGUCCAGAAGUACCCUGAGCACCCUGCCCUUGCCCGUGGCCGAGGCGAGCUCCCCAGGAAAGGCAGAGGCAGAGAAGCCCCGCUGCUCCAGCACGCCGUGCUCACCGAUGCGCCGGACUGUGUCAGGCUACCAGAUCCUCCACAUGGACUCUAACUAUUUGGUUGGCUUCACAACUGGCGAGGAACUCCUGAAGUUAGCCCAGAAGUGCACAGGAGGUGAAGAGAGUAAGGGAGAAGCCGUGCCUUCCUUGCGCUCCAAACAGCUGGAUGCAGGACUUGCACGUUCCUCUCGUUUGUAUAAAACCAGAAGUAGGUACUACCAGCCAUACGAGAUUCCAGCUGUCAAUGGCAGGAGGCGAAGGCGGAUGCCCAGCUCAGGAGACAAGUGCACUAAAUCUUUACCUUAUGAACCUUAUAAGGCCCUCCAUGGGCCUCUGCCUCUCUGUCUUCUUAAAGGUAAGAGGGCUCACUCCAAAUCUCUGGACUACCUCAACCUAGAUAAAAUGAACAUCAAGGAGCCAGCUGACACAGAAGUGCUUCAGUACCAGCUUCAACACCUAACCCUACGAGGGGACCGUGUGUUUGCUAGGAAUAAUACAUGAAUGACCUGCCUAGUAUGUAAACCAGUUUAGGGCAGCCUGCACUUGGCUAGGAAAUCCCACUGUUGUACUCUGUACAGGACUCUUCACGUUAUAGAUGGUUAUAUCAGCUAAGUGUUCCAGGAACAUAGAAAUUGUUUGGAUCAAAUUUUGAAUACAGAAGUAAAAUCACAGGUACUUGGAGAGAAAUCACUCUAGAGCACGCAACUACACAGAAAACAGAAUGUUGACCAUUAGUUUGUAUAGCUUUUUAGCUAGGAAAAAAGGCUUUGGUACGGUAAGAUCUUUACGGUUCUGAUACUGGAACCGGGAAUGCUAUUCUGCUUGGUUGUUGCUGACUUGGUAUGAUUCAUUAGAAAUUUAUAUCUUAAGUACUCAAGUACUUCUUUAAUCUCUGUAUUUUACUAUAAAAUGUAUGUAAUGAUUUGUUUUAUGAAAUUUAGAACUUGAACAUUGCUGAAUUGGACCACUUUUUAUUUUUAAAUAUUGAGUUUAAAUAUUUUAUAACUGGUUUUGCACUGAAAAAAAUAACAUUUCAGAUUGACAAGAGAAUAAUCUUUCUUCACUUGCCUCAAUAAUAAUAUUGAGCAAUGAGUUUUUUAUUUCCGCAUGGAAAGGUAUUGAUCUCUAUGGCUGUAAAAUAUUUCUUUAUAGCGUUAUUAACGUGUGUCUUAAUAAAGUUAAAUUUGGGAUACAAAGUAUUUAUUUUACAAUAGGUGGGGGGGAAGCUUUUCCAGAAAGUUUCCAAUAUGAAGUUUUCAUAAGUUGAAAAAGUUUCCUUUGAGCUUAUUUUCUAAUUUAAAAUUCAUCUGGAACUUUAAAGUUGAAAGAUUCUUUUAGUUGUGGAUUAUAGGCAUAAUGCAGUCUGCAUCUGAAUGUUCUGUAAGUGGAUGGAACUUUAAUAAAUGAACUCACAAUUUCUAUUAGCGAAUGCUUAAUCUGAGUAUGAAGUGAUACCAUUCAGCACGGCAUCAGGUCAUUCCAGGUUUUAGUUUUUGCAGCACAAGCACUCACUGAAAUUCCAGUUUCUAGGAUUAGUGUAGGAGCCUAAGGUGCUUCUACAGUUUUAAUAGGUUAAUCCUGGAUUACGUAACAAUUUAUGUCAAUUGCACUGGUUUAAUUUGUUGCUAAAGAAAUAUUGCCCUGGCUUUAGUAACAAAUACUGCUCAACUAUUCUUGAAUAUAUUUUGGGGGAAAAAAAAAUGUAUGUAACUUACCUUUUGUAAAAGUUUCUAUUUCUUUUCUCCUUUUUUGACUCUUGAAGGUGCAAUUUAUAACUGAAUUGGCAUUUCUGGCAGCAUAGAACUACUUAUUUUAAAUUUCAUUUUGGGGGCUGUGAAUUUCUUAGGUGUUAGCAAUCUUGCUUAUAAAAUAAGUAACACCUUUUAAUUAAUCAGUGGGCCAUUCCUGGUGCAGUUGGGACUUGUCUUUAGCCAGUACGAAUGGCAAACUAUUUAGAGCAGAAUAAGUAUUAGAAAACCCUAGGAACUCUUAAUCAACAUUAUUGUACUUUCACUGAGGCAAACUAUGUGAAAGAACCUUGGUGAAGUUGGCCCGUAUCUUACUAAGUUCAUCAAAUUUCUUGGUGGGCUGCAAAUUUUCAGCUGUUGAUACUUUAACAUAAAUUGCACCUUUGUAACAUAUGUAUUGACGAAUGAUCACUAAGAUUAACUAUAUACAGUCAUUAGUUUGACAAGACAUAGAAUCCUGUCAGAUGCCAAAGAGUUGGGAUUUUUACGUUUAAUGAUUAAACACCGUUAUUUAUUGAUGAUUUACCCUGUGGAACUGUAUUAUUUCUAACUAUGAAAUAAAAGGGUGAUGUAAACACACAUUGUUGUGUGAUGCUUUAAACGAUGUCCACCAUCAACAGGCUGGUUACUGUUUAAGAAUUCCACCUAAGCACUUAUUUUUAGG